GUAGUAGCCACGCGUUAAUACAAUACGGGCGAUGAUAAAACAUUUGUUGGGUUAAAUAUUGGCUGAUCGAGGCGCAGCAGUUGCGUGGCGCGCAAAGUCCAUCGAAACCGAGUAGGGGUAAAAAAAUCCAAAUGAAACUUCGCGCCUCGGCGGCGGCCGCUCCGAGUCCCAACCCAUACACAUGCAUGCGAUUCGUCGACAACAAUAUGGCCGACGGAAGUAGACGUCAGCAGAACGCCACAGCCAACCGACGAAAGUCCGUGUAUGUGGGAGAUCGCGCGCGACAGGCAGCUCAGGAAGGAAAAAAGGAGCGAUCGUUUUUUCUGGCGCCUCCCGCCUGGAACGCCGUUCGUCGUCCAAGUCUCGCAGCUCAGUCAUCGGGAGGCCUCUCGACGACGAGGACUUAUCUUUGUUGCAGAGUCAUCGGGAGAGUCAGCAGUCUCGAUAAUACCGGGACACCGAUCACUCGAGCAGAAGUGCGCGCAGCCGAGCCUGGAACAUGUUUAUUUGGGACUGGUUCACCGGGGUUCUGGGCUACCUUGGACUGUGGAAAAAAAGUGGAAAGCUAUUGUUUCUUGGACUGGAUAAUGCUGGUAAAACAACGUUACUUCACAUGCUUAAAGAUGAUCGACUCGCACAACACGUACCUACCUUGCAUCCAACAUCAGAGGAAUUAUCUAUUGGUAACAUGAGGUUUACCACUUUUGAUCUUGGUGGUCAUGCUCAAGCUCGAAGAGUUUGGAAAGACUAUUUUCCAGCAGUUGAUGCAAUAGUGUUUUUGGUAGAUGCUAGCGAUAGAUUUCGGCUGAAUGAAUCUAGAGCAGAAUUAGAUGUACUUGUGACUGACGAGCAAUUGAGUAUAUGCCCGGUGCUUAUUCUUGGCAAUAAAAUUGAUAAGCCUGGUGCAGCAUCCGAAGAUGAACUUAGGAAUUUCUUUAAUCUUUUUGGACAAACGACUGGAAAGGGUAAAAUUCCACGCAGUGAUAUUCCAGGCCGUCCCUUAGAAUUAUUCAUGUGCUCCGUACUGAAGAGGCAAGGUUAUGGUGAGGGUUUUCGCUGGCUUGCGCAGUACAUUGACUGAAUGCACGUAAUUAAAAUUUGAACACUUCAACUAUCCAGUAAUUCAUAAUUCCUAAACAAUGAUUCAUUCUGCAUAUUGGCAUUAGUACAACAGGAUGAUGUUAAUUUUUACGAAAAAAAAAAAAAAAUAAAAAAUAAAUAAAUAAAUAAAUAAAUAAAUAAUAGGUGAGGGUUUCAGCGAAUUUAAAACACAAGGCAGGAACAUUAUGUAUAAUGACGAUUAGUAUAGCUGUAAGAUCGAUUCCUGUGGUAUUAAGGCCGCUUCAAAUCGACAUACUUCUCUAUGAUGAAAAUGAAUUCUAUUGAAUUCUUUAAAAUUUUUAUUAUUCUCUAAAAUUUACUUUAGUGAGUACAGUGACAUACUGAGGAGUGGUUGAAAAAUUUUGAUAACGAAAUUGCUAAUAAAGUAAUUGCUUAAGAAGUCCAGA